CCAUCCUAUUUCUCCUCUGUAUUUGUCCCCUCCUCGCCGUCGCUGCCGCCAUCGACGCCGUCGUCGUGCCCGAAUUCCGGCGAAUUCUUUCCUCUCUCUAACCUCCUCUUUUCUCUCAAGUCUAAUCUGAGUUCCUCUUCGAGAAGAGGAGCAGAGAGGCGGCAUCGGCUCCGCCCGUGAUGGUCGGCCGCCGCGCUCUGCGGCGGACACGGACAUGCACAGCCCCUCCCCCUCCUCCCCCGCCGCCGCGUCGUUCUCACCUUCAUCAUCAGACCUCUCCCCCGCCGACGGCUUCCUCUGCGUGAAGGAGGGGGUAGACGAGAUGAUCAAGCACGUCGCCAACGAGCCCUCCGUCGGGCUCUACUUCGUCCAGCAGCACGCCAACGCAUCUAUGCCCAUCCUCCUAGACGUCAAGGGGAAGGUUGCAGAAAAGACUCGUGAUGUAACAUUGCACACUGAAGAUAUAGAGGAUUCUAUCUGUGCUGUGAGGUCCAUGACCGAGUUUGGACUUCCAAUCGCUGAUGAUAUGAUCAAGGAUAUAAAUAAAUCUCUAAAGAUAAUGUCGAAGACCCAACCAAAGAGGGGGUUAAUACAGAACCCCAUUUGGGGGUUCCAAUCAGACAAAAGCUCGGAAGCAUGUGACGAUUUGGGCGCAACUAAUGGUGGAAGUAGCAAGAACUACUUGUCUUCUAUGUUCAACACUGCAAAGCAAAAGGCAUCCAUUCUCAGAUGGCCACAGACUGACUUGGCAUCGAACGAUGACGUUUCGGAUAAGUCAGUGUCAUCUACAGCUCCAGAAUCAUCACAAGCCGGACGACAUGGUGCAUCGACAACCUCAGAUGGAGAAAGGGACGACACCCUCAUUUCAAGCCGUUUGUCAGAAAAUAAUAAUGCAGCUACUAUGGAUCAGAGGGUGUCUGCUGCUGAUAUAUCCUACACGGCGGAGAGCUACAAAAAGUUCAAAGAAGAGCAAGAACUCAAACUGCAAGAGUGGCUUAGAGAGUCCAAAGGAGCUGAUAGUACUAGAGACUGAGACUGUUCUAACGAUGGAGCUCCAGCUUUUAUGCCCCUGUCAGAGCACAUCAUAGUUUAGAGCAUGUACAAACCUUCGGAUAUGCUGUGGUAUCUGUGUACAAUCACAAAUCUUUUAUUCAUGUUGAGUGUACAUGAGCCGCGUGUGAAGACGUUUCUGUAAACAUCCCAUGUUAUAUUUGCAGUUGAUUUACAGGGCAGCGAGGUGUCUCAAGUGUAAUGUAGUAUAACAGCCUGAAUUACAGCACAGCGUGUUUCUUCAAAGAGUUUUAUUAUUGUACUUUGGAGCUUUGUAGUGGUUUAUAUAUGUAUACACUGACGUGCAGAUGAACCUGCCAUCGUGAUUAUU